AUGGCGGCCAGCAACAAGUACUCUUCUCCAGGCUUCACCGCCCAAGUGGUGGCUGCCAUGCGCAAGCACUACCCUGAAGAGAUCGCCGACAGAAGGUGGGACAAUGUCGGUCUUCUCCUGGAUAACAUCGCGACCACCACAACCGCUACGCCCAAAAGCCCAGUCGUCCUUCUCACCAACGACCUCACCUACGCCGUCGCCGAAGAGGCAGUCCAGAAGAAAGCGAGCGUCAUCGUUAGCUAUCACCCCUUCAUCUUCUCCGGCCUAAAGUCCAUCACAACAAAAGACCCACAGCAAGCAACCCUCCUCCUCCUUGCCUCCAACGGCAUCGCAGUCUACUGCCCCCACACUGCAGUCGACGCCGCCCCCAACGGCCUCAACACCUGGCUCGGCGACAUCGUCUCCGGUGGGCCCGCCUCCUCCUCGACCGCGGCCCCGUCAGACCGCACCGUCAUCACCCCUCACGCCUCGCCCCCCGCCGGCUUCGAGGGCUCAGGCUACGGCCUCCUCUGCACUUUCCGCCAGCCCGAGUCUCUUGCCGACAUUAUCCGACGCGUGGCCUCCCGCGUAGGCAUGCGUCGCGUCAUGGUCGCCUCGCCGGACCCGUCGGCCGUCUCGACGGCGCGCGUGGGCGCCGUGGCCGUGUGUGCGGGCAGCGGGUGGGACGUCGUCAAGGGUGCGGCUGCGGACGUGGUUGUCACGGGCGAGAUGAGCCAUCACAAUGCGCUCAAGGCCGUGCAGGAGGGUAAGACGGUCGUUACUGUGUUCCACAGCAACUCGGAGAGGGGCUACCUUACCGAGGUGAUGAAGCCUCUACUAGAGGGAGAGCUGAAGCAGCAGCAGCCUGAUCUGCAGGUUCUCGUCAGCACGGCUGAUCGGGAUCCGUUUGACAUUGUUGAUGUUUCUGAGCUGUAA